AUGGAAUUGGAUGAACAACUGGAAAGUGAGUUAACAAUUCAUGAAACACAUGUUCAUACGGACGACAAAAAAAAUGAAACACGCUUGAAUAGUUUACACAUAAAUAUAAAAAAUAAUGGAUGUAUGCAUGACACAGUUGAGGGGAAAGAACGAGAGCAUUUAAUUAAUUCUUAUCAGGAGGAUACGUAUGAAAAAAAAAAGAAAAAAAAAGAAUGUGUUUUACGUUAUAUUAACAAUGAGGGAGUCUCUAUGAUCAGCAGUUAUGAUCAUAUAAUCAAUGUUAAUGAAUCUUCUCCCAGCAAUGUGGACAUUAUUAAUAUACACGAAAAAGCGAAAACAAAUUACAAGAUUGAUAUAUCAUUAAGUUCUAACACGAGUGUAAAAUAUACAGAUCAAAAAGCUAAUAACAUAAACAACGAUGAUAAUAAUUUGUCAGAUAGCGCAAAUGAUCUAUCUCAAGCAAAUGUGUUUUUGAAGGAGAUGAAGAGAGCAAACGCUGUCUCUUCAAGUCUAUAUGAUGUAAAUUCUUCAGACAAUGAAAGAAAAAAUUUGCACUUGGCAUACUACUCUAGUGAAUGCAAUUUUCUGCCCAGGGAAAAAACGAACCGUUCGUGUCAUUCGAGCGGAUCAUGCAGAUCGAACCGUCCAACUCGAUCAAACCGAUCAAUCCUAUCAAACCGAUCAAUCCGAUCGAACCGAUCAAUCCGAUCAAACCGAUCAAUCCGAUCAAACCGAUCAAACCAAUCAGACCGAUCAAACCGAUCAGACCGAUCAAACCGAUCAGACCGAUCAAACCGAUCAGACCGAUCAAACCUAUCAAUCCAAUCAAACCGAUCAAUCCAAUCAAACCGAUCAAACCGAUCAAACCCAUCAAACCGAUCAAUCCAAUCAAACCGAUCAAUCCAAUCAAACCUAUCAAUCCAAUCAAACCCAUCAAUCCGUUCAAACCUUUUAAACGGUUUAAUAUUACCUAGUGAAGAAAAGAUAAACACUCUCAAAAGUUUAUCUUAUGAGAAUAAUAAAAAACAUGAACAAGCCAGAAAAUUUAGCAUUGACAAGGGAAAUGAACCUUCUGGUCAUAAUAAUGACGAAGCGGCUAUGAUAAACAGUGACAACUGUAAUGAAGAUAGUGAUGAUGACAAAGAAAUAAAAAACAUAUUAAAUGUACUUGAAAAUUUAAAGAAUUAUAAAUUUCAUGAUUCGGACAAUUUUGAAAAUGACGAAAAUUAUGAACAUUUUGAUGAUAAAGAUGGAUUUAAUGAAGAAAAUUCCAGCUCUCAUACGGAUGAAAAUGGAAAGGAUAAUUAUAGAAAAGCUGCUAAUUCUCUUCAUGAUCAGAACACACCUUUCUUAGGAAACGCACACACAUUUGGUAGUGUGAAUGGAAAUGUAGAUGAAUAUACGAAGGUAAAUGCAAAUGCAAAUGCAAAUACGUUUGCAAGUACAAAUGCAAAUGCAAAUACGCUUGCAAGUACAAAUGCAAAUGCAAAUACGUUUGCAAGUACAAAUACAAAUGCAAAAACAAAAGCGCGUGAUAAUAAAGAAUAUAUAGAUAUUCCAAGGAUAAAAGAUGCAUAUAAGAAAUAUGCUGUUUUGAGCAACCAUUUUGAUGAAUAUGAACUAAAGGAAAGAUAUAUAGAACAAAAUAAUGAAAACAGAGUGACAGUUCAAUACAUUUGCGGACAGAACGAUGAGGAAGAAAAGAACAGUCAAGACGAAUUGCUUGAAAGGAAUUAUGAUAUGAUGGGUGAUGAGUCGUAUGAACAGUAUGACCUGGAUUGUAACAAAAAAUGUACAAACGAAGAAGAAAAAAGAAACAUACCAAAUAAAAGCACAUCAACAUCAUAUGGUAUACACAUAAAACAAAUUGUAAAUGACGAAUAUGUAAACAAUGAAUUUUGUAGUUCAUCGAAUUAUGUUAAAAAAAAAAAAAAAAAAAAAAAAGACAUGGAUAUGGACAUAGGGAUAGAGAUGGAAAUGCACACAGAGCAGGACAAAAAUGAUGAGCACAAUCAGAAGGAGGAAAUAAUAUUAGAUGCACAAAGUAGUAAUAUGAUGCAAAACAACUGCUCCAGUACUGACAAAAAAGAGGCAAAAGUUUUAGAGAAAAUACGAAAAAAAAAACUUCUAAGAGAUAAUGUUAAUAACUUGAAAAAUAAGGAGCAAAAUUACCUGAACAGUUCAGGUGAUUUAAAUGCAAAUGUAACCAACUCAAAUGUGACAAAUUAUGCAUGUACAAAGACGGACAGAAUAGACAAUAAUGCUCAUAAUGUCUCUGAUACGACUAGUACUAAGAAUGUAUAUUUUCAAAAUAAGGACUUAUCUGAGGAAAUCAAAAAUAUAAUGAAUGUAAACAAUAGUGUAAAUGAAGAAAGUAAUUUUGAAUUUGACCGUUAUCUGAACAAGCUACAGAAUUUGAAAAGUCUGCUUCACCAGGAAAAUUGCGCCAGUGGGCAUGAGGACGAUAGCGAUGUGGACGGUAAAGAUGACAAAAAUAAUGAGGAGGAUGGUAACGAUGAUGAUGAUGAUAGUAGUAGUAAUAUUCGUGUAAGUAGAGAUGAACAGUCUGACGUGGGUGAUAAGACAGAAAUUGAGGGAAGAGAAGAUGAAGCAGAGAUUGACAAAGUGGAAGAGAGAAAAAAGAACAAAAAAAGAACAAAAAAGGUACAAAAAAAGGAAAAAAAAAAAAAGGAAAGGGAAAGGGAAAGGGAAAGAGAAAGAGAAAGAGAAAGAGAGAGCAAAAGAGAGAGCGAAAGAGAGGGCGAAAGAGAGAGCGAAAGAGAGAGCGAAAGAGAGGGCGAAAGAGAGAGCGAAAGAGAGAGCGAACGGGAAAGUCAUCAAGAUAACCAACACGAUAGCCAACACCAAACUACUGUUCAGUGUCGAGGGGAGGAAAACAGUAGUGUACAAAAUGAAACAAAUAAGUAUGCACUACGAAAUAGUGCAAAGGAAAAUUCAGAGCGUUCUGGCGCACGCACCCUAGAGAUACAAGUGCUAGUCGAAAAGUACAAGUUUUUAAAAAAUGAAAUGAAAAAUAUGCAAAAUAAAAUAGUGAGCUACAAAAAAAUGGAAAAAACAUAUCAUAAGAGUAAAGAGAAAUAUAAGAACAAACUGUCAAUGAUUAAUGAGUAUGAGAAAAAAAUUGAUUACAUUAUAACAGAUUUUAACAAAUUAAAAGAAGCAUGUACAAGUAAGGAAAAAAAGCUAGCUAAAUAUGAAGAAAUAACAAAAUAUAUGAAUGAACAAUUUUGUAUUAGUAAAAUACAAUUCGAAAAUAAAAUGAAUGAGUAUGUUGUCUUUUUAAAAAAGAAGGAUUCAGAUAUAUAUAUGCUUAAAGAACUGAUUAAAGAAAAAGAAAAAAUCAUUUCUUUUAAUGAAAAUAUACUUAAACAGUAUAAAAAUGAUAUAGACGACAUGUUAAGGCAAAACAUAGAAAGAGUUGAACAUGUUAAGGCAAAAUUAAAAACGCAGCAAAGUAUGAUAGCAGAAAAAAAUACAAAAAUACAAAAAAUGGAACAAGAUGUUAGAAUAUAUAUAGAAAAAGUAAAUAAAAUGGAGGGUGAAAUAAAAACAUUAGAGUAUCAAAUAGAUCUAGAUAAAGAGAAACAAAAGGUAUUAAAAAAAAAUAGUGAAAAAGAAGCGGAAAAAAAUGCAAAAUUGACAGAUGAGUUAGACCAAAUGAAUAAAGAAAAUAGGGAGUUACAUUACAAAGUAGAGCAUUUAUUAAAAAAUGAAAAAAUUAUAUUGAACGAUAAAAACGAAUUAGUUGAAUGGAACAAGAACCUGAACAAAGAGAUAGAAAAGGUUAGGAUCGAAAUGAAUAUACUUCUAGUGGAAAAGGAAAAAGUAGAAGAAAUGUAUAAUAUGAAAAAGUCAGAAAAGAUUAAAAUAGACCAACAGGUAGAAAUACUGAAGGAAGAAAAUGAACGGAAGGAUGAUGAACUAGUCAAAUUAAAAGAAAUGCUGUCCCAUCUAGAAAAACAAAACGUUGAACUAAGCGAAGAGAGGGAUGAACUGAAUAAAAAGAAAGAAAUAGAAACUACAGAAAAGGAAAAUAUACAGAGCAUUUUUGAGAAAGCAAAUAAAGAAAUAGAACAAUACAUACGUGAAAAGAAGUUAUUGGAAGAGAAAGUAGAAGAAUUACAAAAAUGCAAAGAUGCUGUAGUUACUAGGAGUGAAGAGGAUAUUAAAAAGUUGAAAGAACAGAUAACAGAGUUAGAACAAAAACUGGAUGAGGAAAAUAAAUUAUAUUGUAAAGAAAAAGAAGUAAUAGAAAAUUUAAAUGAAGAAAAAAAAAAAAUUAUUAAAGAAUGUGAAAAAUUGAAAAAUAAAAAUAAAAAAAUUACAACCAAAUUGAAAGAAAAUAAAAUAAAUAAUGAAGAAAAUUUAAAUAAAAUUAAAAGAGAAAAAGAGGAUUUCCUUGAAAAGGAAAAGGAUAAUUUUUCGGAAAAGGUUCAUUCACUCGAAUUAGCUUUUCAGCAGUCAUAUAACGAAAUACAUGAACAAAAGAAUGACUUAGAAAUGGAAUUAAAGGAAUUAAAAAUAAUAAAUGAAGAUAUAAAGAAAAACUCGAAAAAUCUUCUAAAUGUAAAUGAUGUGUUGAUAAAAGAAAUGAAAACAUACAAUGAGGAGAAGGAAAAAUUUAUUAAAGGGUUAAACCACAUUAAACAAGCUUAUAUCAAAAUAAAAAAUGAAAAUGAACAACUCAAAAAAGAUGCUUUUACAUAUAUCAAAAAAGAAGUACAAGAGAAUUACGUUCCUGUCGAUACGCAUAAUAAUAUAUUAACAGAGCAAAAAAGGAUAAAUUUAGAAAAAGACAUGCUCAGGACGCAACUGAAGGAGAAGGAGGCGCUCAUAAUAAACCUGAAUAAGGAAAACUUCGAAAUGAAUGAACAAUUGGGAAGAAUAACGAAGGAAAACGAGGAUCUAAACACAAACAUAAAGGUCAAGGCGAAGAUUACGGAGGAUGUGGUGCUCAACGUGGAGGUGAAACUGCGAGACGCUAGUGCAGGCGUGUGUAAGUUGAAGCUGGACUUGAACAGCAAAGAAGAAGAGAUAAAAAAAAAGACGUUGGAGGUCAAGAAAAUAGAGAGGGACUACAAAAAGUUAUUAGACGAUUACAAGACAGAAAAGAAAAAUUUAGUUUCAAAAUAUGAAAAUGAGUUAGAUGCAUACAUGAGCAAGUGCGAAUCUACCCAUACAAAGUAUAAGAAGUGUGAGGAAGAGGUUAAGGAACUAAAAAAUAAACUGAACUUGAAGGACGAAGUAAUAGAGUACACCCAUAAGGAAAUUGAAAAAAUUAAGGAAGUGUUCUGUAACGAAUACGAAUGCAAAAUAAAAAAUGUUAUAGAAGAAAAGGAUAAGGAAUUAUAUGCAAUGCAGAAGAAGUAUAAGGAGCUGCAUGAAGACAACAACGUAAGUAAAAACGAAAUAAUAAAAUUACACAAAAUGUUGGAGGAGGCAAAUAAAAAAAUAAAAAAGAGAGACAUGGAAAUGUACAUACUACUUGAAGAAAACAAAAAACAAAAAGAAAAGGCUGCCAAGAAAAUGAACAAGGUGAAUGAAUUGCUAAAUAAUAUACAAAAGGAAUAUACAGACAAUAUUCCUUAA